CAGUGAAUUCUGAGUGGGAAGGAAUCUGGUCCGGGGCCAGAGCCAGAACAGGAAGGGAAGUAGGAAGCAGAGCCUGCUGUCUGGGCUCGGGCUCUGAGACGACAUGGCCGGGAUAUCGGUGUGGGGACUGAGCGUGUCCGUGGCGGCCCUCGGCAAGAAAAGGAGGAAGCAUGCGGCUGCUGACCCCAAGUGGGGUGCGGAGUGGAUAGAGCUGCCGCGAGCCCUGGGGCUGUCCCCUCGGCACCCUGCCAAGCCCCUGCUCAGGUGGAGCCGCCCCUCCUACCCGCCGUCUGUGGACAGCCAGGACUCAUCCGAGGUGAAUGUUGAAGACACUGUCGAAAUGCUUCCCAAGUCCCGGAGAGCCCUCACCAUUCAGGAGAUCGCUGCCCUGGCCCGCUCUUCCCUGCACGGAAUUUCCCAGGUGGUGAAGGACCACGUGACCAAGCCGACGGCCAUGGCCCAGGGCCGGGUUGCCCACCUCAUCGAGUGGAAGGGCUGGAGCAAGCCGAGGGACUCGCCUUCUGCCCUGGAGUCCGCCUUCUCCUCCUACUCGGACCUCAGCGAGGGGGAACAGGAAGCUCGGUUUGCGGCAGGGGUGGCCGAGCAGUUUGCCAUCGCGGAAGCCAAGCUUCGGGCCUGGUCCUCCGUGGAUGGGGAGGACUCCACAGAUGAAUCCUACGAUGAGGACUUCGGGGCCGGGGCCGACAGCCCCCAACCUACAGACAUAGCCGGGCAGCUGGGGCCGCAUCUCCAGGACCUCCUCUCCGGGCGACGCUACUCGCGACCCUUGCGCCAGGGCUCCUGUGACCCCGAGAGCGACUCCUCGCAGACGGUGUCCCCGGAGACGCUGUGCUCCAGCCUGUGCAGCCUGGAGGACGGGCUCCUGGGCUCCCCGGCCCAUCUGGCCACCAAGCUGCUAACCGAAGAGCUUCUCCUCUCCAAACUGCCCCCGAGCAGGGAAAGUGCCUUCCAGAGCCUGGGCCCCCUGGAGCGCCGGGACUCGCUCUAUUCCGUGUCCUACACGGAGUCCUGCCUGUCGCCCGCCGAGGACGAGCCCCCGGCCUGCAAGGACUGCCCGCCGCUGGGCGCCCCCCCCGGGGGCAGUUGGGAGUUGCGGCGGAAAGUGUCUGACGUGGCGUCCUCGGGGGUGGUGUCCCUGGAGGAGAACGAGGCCGAGCCGGAGGAGCAGUGAGCGCCGCGCCGACGCACGCUUUCCUUGGCCCUGGCCGGGGGCCCAGCUCGGGCCACCUCGGCGGGGGGGCUUUCGGGGGGAGCGCCAGC